AUGACAGCAAGAUCAGUGAUUCGACAGGCGGAUAUUCAAGCAAGAUGCAGCGCACGAAGUUGCACAGUGCGCAAAGGAGCGAUUUCGCUUGACCCCGUGGAUCCAGAUCACGUUGACCCGGGCACCAACUUCGUGAUUUUCAUCAGAGACCAGAGCCUCUUUGCUUUAUCUAGCAACCUCGAACAUGAUGAAGCCGGGCUCAUGCAAAGACUCCCGGAGCUUGCCCCUGGAGAUGCCCAUGAGGAAGCUGCCGAAGGAGCUUUUGCUUUCAAUCCCAAUGCUCCGGUUUUUUGUCCCGGGCAAGCACCUCUAAAUGUCCAGCCUGAGACAAUCCAAGAACUUCAUGAGCACUGGUCGAGGACUGCCUUUAGCUGGGAGGCUGAAUCUGCAUCUACAUCAGUCCUGACAUGGUUCGUCGAUCAAUUCCACCCUCAUCUGAGAACAUGCAGGCAACCCAGAAUCGUAAGACUCUACGAGGAUUUUGACACCUGGGAAAGGACGAUGCGGGCGGCCUGGAAUGAUUUGCAGCUGCCAGGAGCUCCGAUCUUAUUUCACAUCGUCCUCCCUGUACCUCCCCACACAGGACCUGAAAUUGCAGCACACGUGCUCCUGGUUCAGAAUCCUCAAGACGCAUUUUCCUCGAGUGUUAUCUCAGUCUUCGAAGCCAAUGCAGCUGCUGCCAGACUCAAUUGUCAACUGACCAUCACCACGCAAGAACAUCUCCUCUUGGAACAUCUGAUCUUUGGACUUGGUCUUGAAGGACGAUGUCUCUAUCCAGGGGCACCAUCCAUUUGUGAAGCUUGGAUAGGCACGACCACACUUCGUCAGGGACAACCUCACCCUGCCAGAGAUGGUGACGGAAUCAUUCUGCAGUUAAGACGAAGACCCAACUUCCAGCAACAACAAGCCCAAAGAAACGAAGGUGUCAAUCUCUUGCAGGUUGGCACGCAACUUCGUACAAGGAGGGAGAGGCGCCUAACACAUGGGCUGGUGGCUCACACCCAUGGGCCUCCCCAGGAAGCACCCGAACCAUCCUUGCGUGUGGUGCAUCUGGCACGAGCUUCUCAGGAUCUCCCCUUUUUGCCUUCCUACGUUGAAGUCCAGGAGCCACUGUCACAGGACAAAGUGAGGGAAGAACUGCAAGCUUUUGGCAUUCACUGCACAGUCCUCUUGCUUUCGACAGAACAAGUUGCUUUAUGCCUGGCGUCCACUGCCACUGCAGAUUCGGGCCAGCGACAUGUGGCAUACCUGCCACAACAAGAACCCUGGACAGUACAUCUGCACACUCUGACAGACUCUUUAAUGUCAGAAGUUGAGCAUAUGCGUCAUUUGUACGGCCUGGGCUACGAAAAGGCAGUCAUCUUGCAAGAAGUUCAAUGUGAAUACAACUUCAGUGAAAUCCACUUUACAGAAGUUUCAGGAGCUAUGCAACUGAAACCCCCUGUGACCAAAGUCUUGCCACCAUGGCCAGCCCAUCAACAGCAACGUCAAUGCGCCCAGAUGUUCUACCCUUCAAAGCAUGUGGACACCUCUGACUGCAGUCUGAACUGCGGGGUCAACGAGCAGGACCUUCUGGAUUUCUUCAACUCAUCCAAGGGCUGUGCACAGCUCUUGGAGGCGGCGCUGGCACCAGGUGACUUCCUGCUUGAACAUGUACCAGGACAUGCAGGGGACCCAUUCAACGAGUUCUGCGACUGGGGAGCCAAGAAAGAGGGAAGCAAGGGAUUUUAUUUGAAGCGACCAAAUUUGGACUUUGCCAAUUGGAGACCUUUACUCCCUUUCCUUUGGAUGCUCUUUGACAUCUCGGCCGGCAUGCCUCCAUUCCAUGGGACAGGCACAGUACUGCUGCGUGGCUUUCUCAACGAUAUGCAGCUUUGUGCACCCAUUACAAGCCCGGUACAUGAUGGUACCACGUGCACCUGGACUUCUCCCACACAGGAAGAAUUCACAAUUGACUAUGUCCUCAUACCGACCACAUGGAUGGAAUGCUGCGCCUGCUCACGUGUUUUGGCGGAGUUCGACCUUGGGAACAAAGUCAUCGACCACGCAGUCCAUGCCAUUGAGCUCAAGUGGAAGAAGACAUGUUCUAUGCCAUCAUUGACACGUUUGUCCAAAGGCGACUUUGACCGCACUCGCAUCCGACAAGGUCUACCCAAAAAGUUUACCCAUGCACCAGUGGCUUCCUGGACCACAGAUGUUGAGAGCCACUUAACGGGCAUCAAUGAUCAUCUACAUGAGCAGUUACGACGACAUUGUCCACGUCUCAGGCAAGGACCUCAAAGGCCCUACAUUGAUGAGACGAUCUGGCAGCGACGACAACAGAAGCUGGACCACAAAUCUCAGCUGAAAACAAUUCGUCAUCUGCUCCGCAGAGAAACCUUGGCAAGAAUACUGGCAGCUUGGAGAACACCCACCACAUGGCAACAAGACCAGUCGUACUGUUUUGGUACCACAUUGCGGAUUGGUAUUUUGAAACAUGGGCUUGGAUUUCGCAGACAGGCUGUUCUCCUGAAGGAUUUGAUCCACAAGAACAAGGCAGCUGCUCUGCAAGAAGUACUCAGCCAUUUUACCUCCAGUACUGCCGCAUCUGAGAUCCAACAACAAUUGCGACCUUUCAUGGGUCCGAGUAGCAAACUGAAACAGGGAAUGGCUCCGUUACCAAUCAUCAAGGAUGCGCAUGGCAAGCCUUGCACGUCACACACUGCCACCUUGAAUAGGUGGAUCGAAUUCUUCAGCGAAAUGGAAGGAGGGGAAAGAGUUGAUGAGACAACACAGAGGAUGCUCUGGAGAAACAAUUUGGAGAGCCUACGCAGCUUCAUCUUGGACAUUCCCAUCACUGAGAUGCCCUCAUUGGUUGAGUUGGAACAAACGUGCAGACAAGUGGAAGUUGCUCGGCAACUCUAUUCCUUGUUGCUGAAAAUCGCAAUCCAAGGACAGGAACCGCUGGAGCACAAAGGCGGAUACCUGAUCCCCAUUUGGAAGGGAAAACUCAGCAAAGAUUGUUGCCAAGCCUUCCGUUCCAUUCUCAUUUCGUCCAUGGUGGGUAAGACAUUGCACAAAUCCCUGCGCACCAAACAGACGAGCCUUUAUCAGAGCUACCUUCAUCCUCAACAGCUUGGAGGACGCAAAGGCAUCUCUGUUGUCCUAUGUGGUCAUCUGGUGCGGGCCUGUCUUCGGGUAUUUGCAGCUCGAAAUCAACCUACAGCGGUCAUUUUCAUCGACUUACAGGAAGCCUUCUAUAGGGUUGUGCGCCCCCUGGCGAUUGCUGGUCCGUGGUCCGAUGAGCUUAUUGCCACUAUGGCAAAGCGUCUGCACCUGGACCAAAAUAUCUUGCACGAUCUCUAUGCCCAUUUAGCCGAGCCAAGUGCAAUCGAACAAGCUCAGCUGACAGAGGUCGCACAGAAGGCUAUCCAAGCGCUUCACCAAGACACAUUUUUCGCUUUGCCUGGCCAAGAUGACCGAGUCCGCACUACGCAUGGCUCACGCCCCGGCGAUUCAUAUGCUGAUGUGGUGUUUGGAUAUUUAAUGUCCCGCGUCCUCAAGAGCUUUGCAGCUGCGAUGGAACACGCCAACAUCCUUACCACAUUCCCGGAGGAUCCAAGCAUUGAUUUGCACUCAAAAGGGUUUGAUGAUGCAGCCCAGCAAUCGCAGACUCUUCUGGGACCAUGCUGGAUGGAUGAUUUGGCCAUUCCUUUGACUGCAAAGACCAAUGAAGAGCUGCAUCAGAACCUGUGCUCUGCCACGAGUAGCAUUCUGGAUACUUUGAGGUCGCAUGCCAUGACUCCGAAACUGGGCAAAGGGAAAACUGAGAUCCUCUUCAAGCCGAGAGGAGCCAAAACACAGGCCUUCCGCAAACAGCUCUUUGGACCCCAAUCACCUGGCUGUAUCACAGCUCUUGGCGAGUAUGGCAUCUACAAGGUGAACCUGGUCAACUCCUACUUGCACCUUGGAGGAUUGACACACUACACAGGAGAUCUCCGAAGAGAAAUACGGCGCAGAAUUGCCAUCGCUCACCAGAGUUUCAACAAACACCGGAAGCUCAUCUACCAGAAUGGGUCACUGUCCAUGAGCAGGAGAUCUGAAAUCUUCUCCAGCCUCAUCCUGAGCCGGCUUCUUUACGGAGCCGAGACUUGGUGCAUACAGGACAGGAAGACCAAAGAAUAUCUCCAUUGUGCGAUCAUCAAGCUCUUCAAGCGACUUCUUCGCUGUCCUGCGGACGCUCACAUCUCUGAUGAGGAGGUGCUGCACAGAGCCACCCUGCCAGCUCCGGCGGUCCUAUUGCGGGUCAAGCGACUCAGCUACCUGAGUUCUCUGCUGAACAGUGGCACAUCGGCUCACUGGGGCUUGCUCAACCAAGAUCAGGCAUGGCUUGACCUGGUUAGAGAUGAUCUUCAAUGGAUGGGUGACCAGCUUGCCAACUCCUGCGGAUUGGGCAACCCCUUCAAGCACACUGAGCGUUGGCUUGAAAUCAUGCGAUUCCACAGAGGAUAUUGGAAACGACUGAUCAGAAGAGCGAGAGAACAUUCCAUUCUUCUCACUUCACGACACUUCACUUGCGUGGCUGCCCAUUUGAGGAUCCGCAACAGGCUUCAAGAACAACAUGUUUGGGGACCGACUGAUAAGAAGGCGAGUUUUGCUUCCUCUUCGAUUGAGUCCUUUGGUUGCAUGCUUUGCGGACUGCGUUGCGAGACUCUCGCAGGGUGCAUUUCCAACCAGCACCUGGACAUGGAUCGUUGCAAGACUCUGAAUUGCACACAUCAUGGGAUGGGCGACUUCCUCCUCUACAAGCAGAAGGACCACUUCCUCUUACAGUAUGCCCGCGCAGAGAUUGGUCAUGACGAACGUACGCUAAACCUGAUUCAACAGAGCAUUGACCGCCUCUGUGACGUGGCGACCUGGCCCUUUUUGCAGAGUCCGCCACGACAGACGGAAACUUUGCCCACCCUCAGUGAGAUUGAGCAGGAAUUUACGCAGACCGUGGUGCGGAAUCAAGGAGUUGAAUUUCCUCGACCCCGCAGCAAGGAGCGCAUCUUCCUCCACGUCUUCUCCGGAAGACGACGAGCAGGAGAUCUUCAAUUUUACAUGGAGCAGCUUUUUGAUCAGCUUUGUCCGGACGGCACAACUCUUUGUGUGGUCUCAGUUGACCGAGUGAUCAAUCAGCAGUGGGGCAAUGUACGACUUCAAUCCACCCAAGAGUUUUGGAUCAACGGCGUCCUCUCAGAUCACCCAUCCUCUGAUGUGACAAUGGAUCCAGAUUUUUUGAGCAUGUGCCGUGCGAUGAUUUCCCGCACUUUUGGCACGAUUAUAGGACCUGACUACGGGGGAGACGUUCCCUAA